AUGGCCACCGGAUCUCAAACAAUCACCGUCAACCCUGGCGAUACUGCCCUCGUAUUAGUAGGCUUGCAGCAAGGUUGCCGGAACUUCCAUCAAGGAGCGCCGAUGGUGCCAAUGCACACACAAUUGGCAGGCAGUGUCGCUGCACUUCUUGCCGCCUUCCGCCACUAUCUCGGCAGUUGUAUCGUCCACGUCCGAGAGGAUCAAUCAGAUCCCGAAUCUUUUCUACAUCCUGGACAACCCGGGCAUCAGUUCGAGACUUGGGCUACCCCAGCGACCGGAGAGGUCGUUAUCGCCAAAACCACCUUAGACGCUUUUCUCGUCACCGACCUCCAAGCUGUGCUUGAACUUUACCGAAUCCGAACCGUACUGUUAGUUGGGUACACGACCGAGAGAGAUGUGCAUGCGACCGCCAACUCAGCUCAGCUGCGUGGAUAUCAGGUUGUAGUGGUGCCGGAUGCGACAGCUACAUGGGGAGAGCCAGAGGCGAGGGUCACGGCUCUAGAUGCGUGGCAGGAUGGCAUCAGGACUUUGCAGGGCAAUGGAGUCACGCUUAAAGCCACAAAUGUGGUUCUGGCUGAGCUGGGGGGAUGA